ACCUUCUCCCCACUUUCAUGGUCUUUUUUUCCCUUAAAGUUCAAUCAAACUUUGAAUAAAUUAAUUAUAUUAAAUUUAUUUAUUUAUUUUGUUGAAGUUUUGGAGGUUUUUGGGAGUGAAAUUUCAUUCAUGGAUACCUUGUUUAGGUUGGUCAAUGAUCUUGAAUCCUCUGAUCAAUAUUCUUACAACAAUUAUUCUAGCAGCAACUCAAAGAAUUCUAGUGAUCAAAAUCAUUAUUAUUAUCUUCAAAACCCACAAUCUCAAGAAUGCUUCAACAAUUUGUUCAUGGAGGAAGAAGAUCAUUUCUCUGCAUCCUCUUCUUCAAAUCACCACCACCACCACCGACUCCGACAGUUUCAAUGUUUGACGACUACUACUACCUCUACCGGUACCGCUAAUACUCCAACUGAAGACCUGAACUUUGAAUUCUCCGAGGAAUGGGGCUCUACAAUACUCCUCCAAACAGCUAGUGCUAUUGUUGAUAACAACACUUGUCGAAUCCAACAACUCAUGUGGAUGUUGAAUGAGCUCGGUUCUCCGUACGGCGACAUUGAUCAGAAGCUAGCAUACUACUUCCUUCAAGGCAUGUUUAGUCGCAUCACCGACUCCGGUGCCAAGUGCUACCGGACCUUGGCAGCGGCUUCGGAGAAACGAUCGUGUUUCGAGUCGAUGAGAAAAAUGGUGCUGAAGUUUGAGGAGGUGAGUCCAUGGAUGACAUUCGGUCAUGUUGCUUCAAAUGGUUCCAUUAUGGAAGCUUUACAAGGUGAAAAGAAGUUGCAUAUAAUUGAUAUAGCCGGAAACUCCUCAUUUUGCACUCAAUGGCCAACUUUUAUUGAAGCUCUUGCAACUCAAUCGGACCAAACUCCCCACCUUACCCUCACCAUCUUGGUUGCUGCCAAAUCGGACGAAACCUUGCGGGCUCAUAAGAAAUUGAUGAGAGAAAUAAGUAGAAGACUAGAGAAAUUCGCAAGGCUUAUGGGAGUUCCGUUCAAAUUCAAACCCAUUUCCCACUACGGCGACGUUUCACACUUCGAUUUUACAAAUUUAGCCCUCAAACACGACGAGGCCGUCGCCGUCAACUGCGCCGGCGCCUUACGCUCCGUCGCCCCCGUCCACAAUCGCCGCGAUUUUCUCAUAUCCUUGUUCCGAGCUUUGCGGCCCAGGAUUAUCACCAUCGUAGAGGAGGAGGCCGAUCUCGACGCCCACGGCGGCGUUGACUUUGUCAAACACCUUCAGGAGUGUUUACGCUGGUUUAGGCUUUACUUCGAUUCGUUGGACGGAAGUUUCCCCACCGCCACCGACGAGCAGUUCAUGCUCGAACGCGCCGCUGGACGCGCCGUCGUGGACUUGCUUGCACGCGUGCCGGCGGAAUCGGAGGAGAGGCGCGAGAUCGCGACGCGUUGGGCGCGUCGUUUCUAUAACGGUGGCUUCAAACCGGUGUCGUUUAGCGAGGAUGUAAUUGACGAUGUACGCGCGCUUUUGAGGAGGUACAAGGAUGGGUGGACGGUGACGGACGGCGCCGGUGCCGGAAUGUUCUUGGCUUGGAAGGGGCAGCCGGUGGUUUGGACCGCCGCGUGGGCGCCUGGACAAGUAGACGGAGAGAAGACACACGUGUGAUAUUUGGCCUUACCACGUGCUUUAGUGUAUUAUUUAUUGGAAGACAAAAAUCUUAUCUGAGAUUAAAAUAGAAAUGAUAAUUAAAUUUGGGGAUUUUUUUUUUUAUCCAUUGGGUUGAGAAAAAACAUGCAUUUAAAUAGGAGUAGUUGUA